UCACAGUGAAAGUGUCCGUCAUAUUCAGCCCUCAUAGGCACGCAAGUGGAUAGAAAAUAAUAGAAACCGAAGACACGACGAAGCAAAAGGGGUGGGAAAAACACCCUUCGGUUUGAAAAAAAAAAAGGUAAGAUGUGGAUUAAAUGAUCCCUCUGGGAGUCGACUCGUGGUAACGUACGUCGAGUACUUUCACGAGGGCGAAUUCGAACGAACGAUAGAAAAACCUCGGGGGAAAUAGUUUCUUCGUUACGGUCCUUGGCAAAAUGGCCGAGUACGUUUACAUGUGGCAUGACUUUUCCCUGAAAAUCAGUUUGGCUGCGGCUCUGGCGAAGGUGUGACUAUGUUCGAGUUUUCGUUGAAAAUUUUUGCUAUUUCCAUUCUGAUCGGCUAUACAUCGGCCCUGAGUAGAUCCUCGUUAAGGGAUCUGAAGACACGCCACACGCCCAAGCAUUACAAUGACGAUAAACUGCUCAGGAUCGCCGACAUGUCGGACGUCGACCAUAUCAACGAAAUACUCGAUAACAUUUGCAUAAAGAGGGUAGUUUCUACUCCGGGACAUCAAAGGGUCAAAAACUAUAUAAAAAAUUCUAUGACGAGCCUAGGCUGGUCGAUAGAGACUGAUCAAUUUUUCGACGAUACUCCAAACUUUGGAAAAUUAAAAUUUGAAAAUAUAAUAGCGAGAUUGAAUCCAAACGCUACCAGAUUUUUGUCCCUCGCUUGUCAUUUCGAUUCAAAAUACACGAGAGAAGGAGAUUUCGUUGGUGCCACCGACAGCGCUGUACCAUGUGCGCAGAUGAUUAAUUUGGCCAAAGUUAUGCGAAAUCAUUUGAACUCUAUAAAAACGCAAGAUGUCAGUCUGAUGUUCAUAUUUUUCGACGGGGAAGAGGCCUUCAAAUCUUGGGGUCCCACGGACUCCCUAUACGGGGCUAGACAUUUGGCAAAAAAAUGGGAAAACCAAUUAUUUCCACCCGGGAAUAAAGAAGGACUCACGGAACUUGACAGAAUGGACGUUUUGGUCCUUUUGGACCUGAUAGGCGCACCAGAUCCUACGUUUUAUAAUUAUUUCAAAGAAACGGAGAAAUGGUACGCGAUGUUGGUUAACGCGGAAAAUAAAUUGGCCAGCAUGAGAAAAUUGGACGGAUAUUCCUACGGGCAGCCUGAACAUAUCUAUUUUCAACCGUAUUCGAUUCAAGCUAAUAUCGAAGACGACCACAUUCCAUUUUUAACAAGAGAUGUAUCCGUACUGCAUUUAAUCCCAUCGCCUUUUCCGUCGUUUUGGCAUCAGUCCGGCGAUAAUCGAAACAACAUAGACAUGGCUGCGACUGAAAAUAUAAACAAAAUAAUGCGAAUAUUCGUUGCGUCCUAUCUCGGCAUAGAUUUUUAGAAAUGAAUUUUAAUUAGUUCGCAUCAAUACUCAAUCAACUAGUUCAACUGCUCAAUAUGAUCAAAUCGAUGAAUUUUUUUUAUCGCGUAUAAACGUGCGCCAAAUCCAACGAGCCUGAUGAUGAUCGUAAUCGGCUGCGCUGUGCAUAAUUAUCUUCUCCCAUCAUAUCGGCGUUUUUUGUUAUAAAAUGUAUUUUAAUUAGGAAAAUAAGGCUCAAUACGAUACAAAAAAAAGAAAAAAAAAACAAAAAAACAAAAAGAACAGAAAAGUAAAACAGGGAUUCUAAAACAUAUCGAAUUCGUGAAAUAAUAUUAUAAUAACCGUAUGUAUUUGUCAAUUUUUCAAUCUAAAAUUAACGUACGAUUAGUUGAGCUGCAGUUGACCCGAUAAAUUUAAUUAGGCAAAAUUGUCACAAUUAAGAACUAACCAACUGAGUGCCAAUGUCACUCGGAUCCUAUAAUAUUUAACUAAUGAAAUUUUGUACAGCAAAAAAUUGAAUUAUUUAAAUUAUCUAUAUUAUUGUUAAAAUAAAUUAUAACGAUGUGUUGAAUAUACAUGUGAAAUAUUUUGGAGAAAAUCAUUCGAUUUCUAUGUCCAUCUUUGACUCGAAAUUCAAAGACGGAUCAUUUUUUUCAUCCCUUAAACAACCGGGACAAGAGGACCCCACGUAGCGUGGCGCCAUCUCCGCCGUAUAUAACGUGAUUUAUUUUUUUUUAACUAUUUUUUUUUCACCCGCGAAACAGGCAACCCGCAGAAAUACGGAUCCGCGGAGUUACCUGACGCUUCAUUUGUGUCGCUUAAAACGAAGAAACUCCGACUUUAAAAUGCCGUUUCCGAGGACCGGAGACUGCCGAUGAUCGCAAUGAAGCUGAUUUUUUUUCCCCUUCGAUCGAAAGCGGAGUCUAUAAUCUAGGAAAAUAUUACGAGGAAGUGCGUCAGAGCGUCUGCGGUUACCCCCUACCCAUAAUGGUGCAAUUGCACGUAAAUUAUUUUUUCGAUUCCCGAUCAACGGAAGUACUUUUCCGAACGAAAACUUUCCAAAAGUUGAUUUCGCAGCCGGUUUUCGUUCCUAGGACAACUCCGCGAUCCUCAAAAAGACAAAAAAACCGAUACGAAAACCCGUUCAAAUAAUGGUCGUGCGGAGACUAAGGAAAACCGGUUUUUCUCCAUUAGCAGCCGGUCGCUCGUUCGGUUUUGCCGUCGAGUCCGAUGUCCAUGUUGCACGUACCGUACCCCGUGGUAAAAUAGCUUUUCACCGUGCGCAUCGGGGUAAAAUCUGCGAUUUUUCCGAAUCCAAAGAGAAGUAAAAAGUAGAAAGAUGUUAACGGUGAAAUUUUUCGAUUCCGCGCGAACGCCGCGGAAUCGCCAAGCGUAGAAACUCGAAUCUCCUCAACGCACCGCGGUGUUGGUUUACAAUUGUGACAUUAUACGUAAGAGGAGUGAGAGAGUGAGACGUACGAGCAACAUUUCUAGUUAAAAAGAGACGUCGGAAUCCCUCCCGCCAGUGGUGAGGGAAAAAUGGUUCGAGAAGGGGAAUUCAGCCAGUACUGCGCGUCGCACCUUUUCAGUGUUUGGCCACCGUUUGGCCUGUACCAGCUAUAUAAUACGGUUCUUCGAGUGAACAGGUGGUUUCGGUUUUUUUUUUUCUCACCCCAACCGUCCGAGAAACGAAUAAUUAUUUUUUUUUUUUGUCCAUAUUUUUUUUUUUUUCUCUUCUCCGUACGGACAGUUUUCACCCGUGCUGUGAUACACGCUGCCCCGCAGUAAACGGUAACGUGACAGUGGUUCGAAAAAAAAUCGCCGAUCGAGAGGUAAAAAUCCAAGGAGAAAAGGAAUAUACGAAAAAAGAAGGGAGAAAUUUCGAAGA